UCCUCUAUUUACUUUUGUAUUUGCACAAUUUACGAAGACGAUGAAGACGCGUAAUUAAAAAGAUUAAAUUAAAUUGCAAAUUAAUUUAUCAAGAGUUGUGGAUUAGUUAGUAUCGUCAGCGAGCUAAUAUAUAUUGUGCGGAUUUUCAUUUCUCUUUGCGGAGAGGUGGAGACCUGCAAUGCUGGCGGAGUCAAGUAAAAGUGAAACUCAAGCGGCGGCGGGGUCGGGGUCGUGUUUGUGGUCAAGAUAUUGCGAUCUUUUGGAGAGAAGACCACCAAAACAAUAAGCGCCAGACGUGAAGACGAGGCGAGGCUAAAUUUAGCGUGUGUGUGUUAGUGCACCGGAGAACAAGGAAACCAACAACAAGAACAAGCAAAAACAAUAACAGAGUCAGUGGACAACAACGAAACGUACAGCUGCAGCUGCUGUCUGCGCGUGUGUGUGUGUCUGUGUGUGUGCGAGAAGAAAGUGUGCACGUCAGGCGUUGGCCAUGUCCAGAAUUACGUUGACCACGUUAACACACGGAGCUAUCAACAAUAGCAGCAACAACGAUACACGAACUGGUACCCUGACCCAUCUGAUGGAGGAGCACCACCAUCAUCAUCAUCCUGCUGAUGGCGGUGGUGGUGGCGGGGGAGUGGGUGGCCUAAAUGAGGGUGGCGGUGGUUUCAUAUCUGAUGGAGCUGAGCAUCUGCGUCGUCAGGGCAGUCGCCUGCAAUCAUCCCGUUUCGCCUGCCUGCGAUGCUGUGGUAAUUUCCUCACCUAUUUGGUGCGACUGCGCAGCACACCCGAGGAGCUGGAGCAACGCUACAAGUCCAAAGAGAUUGAUAAGUUUCUGGAGAAGGAAAAGCAUGCGUUUCGACGGCAGGUGAAACUCUUGCUUCUGGGCGCUGGAGAAUCGGGCAAAUCAACGUUUCUCAAACAGAUGCGCAUCAUACACGGUGUUAAUUUUGAGCCCGAGCUGUUGCGCGAAUACCAACAUGUGAUAUACCAAAAUGUUAUAAGAGGUAUGCAAGUACUUUUAGAUGCCCGCGAAAAAUUGGAUAUCUCUUGGGGCAGCGAUGGACGCGAACAGGAUGCUAAUGAAGCCAAAUUAAUGGAAUGCAAUGCAAUAGAGGCACUCAAAUUUAUGGAAUAUGCACCACUUAUAACACGUUUGUGGCAAGAUCGAGGCAUACGAAGGGCCUACGAACGUCGACGUGAAUUUCAAAUUAGCGAUUCGGUUAGCUAUUUUCUAGACGAAAUCGAGCGGCUGGCCAAACCGGAUUAUGUGCCCACACACAAAGAUAUACUGCACUGUCGCAAGGCAACUAAAGGUGUCUCUGAGUUUUGCGUUAAAGUACAGAACAUUCCAUUUGUGUUUGUCGAUGUGGGUGGUCAGCGUACGCAGCGUCUGAAGUGGACAAAAUGUUUUGAUACAUCCGUUACAUCGAUUAUAUUCCUUGUCUCUAGUUCGGAAUUCGAUCAGGUGCUUGCAGAAGACAGAAAAACCAACCGCCUGGAGGAAUCAAAAAAUAUAUUUGAUACGAUUGUAAAUAACAACACCUUUAAAGGCAUUUCAAUAAUAUUAUUUUUAAACAAAACCGAUUUGCUGGAAAAGAAAGUAUGCAAUCCCGAGACUGAUAUACGCUGGUUCUAUCCUCAAUAUAAGGGCAAUCCCCACUCAUUGCUCGAUGUGCAAAACUUUAUAUUGCAAAUGUUUAUGAGUGUUCAACGGAGUACGAGCACAAGUCGGAUUUAUCAUCACUUUACCACUGCCAUAGAUACGAGAAAUAUAAAUGUGGUGUUCAAUUCGGUCAAGGACACGAUACUGCAACGAAAUCUGAGUGCUCUGAUGCUUGCGUAGUGCCGCCUAACCAAUUGCCAUCCAAAACGAAACAAAAAAAAACCAAUUGAUACUAACCAGAUCCAGGAAUCUCUGACAAGAACAAAAUGAAAAAACAACUAUUUAUAUAUAUGAAUAUGAAUUAAAAUGAAACGCAAGUGCCAGCAGCUGUCAGGAACGCCCUAUUUUUGGCCCCCAACCCAAUUCCUCCCUUCCCCCACCAUCCCACACACACACAAUUGUUGUUAACUUUUUAAAAUGGUUUAAUUAUUCAUUAAUAUAUACGUAUAUGCAUAUAUGUAUAUCAUUUGUAUUUAAUUGAAUUAUUGCUAUUAUUCUUAUAUAUAUAUAUUAUUUUUUUUAAGCAUUUACAUGUAUUAUGAUGUAUUUUUAUUUAUGCAUAAAUGUAUAUAAUUUAUUGUGUAUGUGUUCGUGCGCGCGCUUCUCCAGCUAACAAUUCAGACUUAUAUGCUAUAUACAACUAACUCAAAAAUGAAGAAAUGAAGAGAAUUCGAAUUAUGUAUUUUGAUAUUUAUAUACAAGCAUAUAGUACCAUAUAUACAUAUAAUAUAUAUAUAUAUAUUCUACUAUAUUCUUACUACAAAAUUUCUACAAUUGUAGUCCAAAAGUCGUCUCGUAUAUACAUACUUUAGUUUAUAUAAAACAAAACAAAAAAAAGAAAAGAAAAAUAAAAAAAAUGAAUGUGUUUGUGAGAGAUAGAGCCUAAAAUUAAGCAGCGAACUUGUUCUCUUAGAGAACAAAGUCAGCAGUCCGACAAAUGUACCAAUUAAAGGAAAGAAACAAAUACACCAAUUAUUAAAUAUGGAACAAAUAUCGAUUACGAAGAAUCAAUGAAAUAAAGUGAAUUAUUUACAAAAGCAA